UCUUUUAUACGUAUCUAAAUCCCUAAUUUCCACAAUUCACCUCCAAAUUCCCCAAAUCUCCCCCAAAAAAAUAUUUUUCUUAAAAAAAAAAAACAAUUUCACAGAGUGGGAAAGAGAAGAAGAGGAAACACAGAGACUUGCACGAGCUUCCUCGCUUCUGUUUUUUUACUAAUCGAGGAAAAAAAAAUGAUGAUGGAAAGUAGAGAUCCAGCUAUUAAGCUAUUCGGUAUGAAAAUCCCUUUUCCGGCGGUUUUUGAGUCGACGGUGGCAGUUGAGGAGGAGGAAGAGGAGGAGUUUAGCGGCGGAGAUGGUGGAGAGGUUAAAUCAGCAGGGAAGUUAACUCCAGAGUUAUCAGACAAAUGUAACGACAACAGUCAUGACAAAGAGGAGGCGACAUCAACAGAUCAGAUAGAGAUUAGCGACUCGCCUGAGGAUAAUCAUCAGCAGCAGACAACAACCGACGGUAAAAUCCUGAAGAAACCAACCAAGAUUCUGCCAUGUCCGAGAUGCAAAAGCAUGGAAACCAAGUUCUGUUAUUACAACAACUACAACAUAAACCAGCCUCGUCACUUCUGCAAAGCCUGUCAGAGAUACUGGACUGCUGGAGGCACCAUGAGAAACGUCCCAGUCGGUGCAGGACGACGCAAGAACAAAAGCUCCUCCUCCUCUCAUUACCGUCACAUCACCAUCUCCGAGGCUCUCGAAGCUGCAAGGCUCGAUCCGGGCUUACAGGCAAACACACGGGUCCUGAGUUUUGGCCUGGAAGCUCCCGUGAAGCUACAAGGAGACCAGAAGGUCUCGAACGGAGUUAGAAACGGGCUCGUGGCUCGGGUAGAGAAUGGAGAUGAUUGCUCAACUGGUUCUUCUGUGACUACCUCUAACAAUAAUCAUCACUCCGUGGAUGAAACAAGAGCACAAAGCUGCAGAGUUGUUGAGCCACAAACGAACAACAACAACAAUAACAUGAGUGGUUAUGCUUGUAUCCCGGGCGUUCCGUGGCCUUACACGUGGAAUCCGCCGAUGCCUCCACCUGGUUUUUACCCUCCACCGGGUUAUCCAAUGCCCUUUUACCCUUACUGGACCAUCCCAAUGCUCUCAUCACCUAUGAGCCAAAAGGGUUCAAGUCCAACUCUCGGAAAGCAUUCGAGAGAUGAAGAAUCAGCGAGAGAGGAGAAUGAGACAGAGAGGAAACAACAGAGGAACGGGUGCGUUCUUGUGCCGAAAACGCUGAGAAUUGAUGAUCCUAACGAAGCAGCAAAGAGCUCGAUAUGGACAACGUUAGGAAUCAAGAACGAAGCGAUGAGCAAGGGAGGUAUGUUCAAAGGGUUUGAUCAGAAGACCAAGAAGAAUCACAACAACAACGAUAAAGCCGAGAACUCUCCUGUUCUUUCUGCUAACCCUGCUGCUCUAUCAAGAUCACUCAAUUUCCAAGAAGGGAUUUAGAGUUAUAUAUUCGUGAGUGUAUAUAUAUGUAUGAUUUGAUGUAUAGAUGUUGGAGAAUGGUGAGGUUUUUUGAGAAUCAACUCUUUUCUUCUUCCUCGGUGACCUUCUUCCUUUUAGUCCCUCAGUAAUCAAAAUCCAUCCAGAUAUUUAGUUACUGUACACUAUUGAUUUUCUUU